AUGAAAUUUUCUUCCACCGCAACCAUCAUCAUGCCCAAAUCUGAAAUCGACGACAUUUUUGCUGGCAAGGGCAAGGCAAAGGCAAAUGACCCCACUCCAUCACCAUCACAGUCUCUUCCAGCUUCCAAGUCAUCAAAGAAGAAGAACAAACGGAAAUCCAAACCCGAGGUAAACGAACAGCCUCAGGUCUCUUCUUCCAAGAAGCGGCCACUGCCAGAAACCAUCGUGGACACCUCUACCACGCUCGGCAAGCGCCCCAAAAUUGAGAAACGACCAUCAGCAAAAACAUCAUCGAGUACACCUCGCGAUGACAUUGACAGGUUUAACGACUCGAGGGGAACCAGCUCGAGGAAAACGACAGAAGAGGGCUGGGCAAUCUUCAAAGAGGACGAACUUGGAAUCAAUCCCGAAGCCGGAGAUACGCCGGAGUGCCCAUUUGACUGUAAAUGUUGUGAGUGUCCUCACCCCGAAACCUCGCUACGCGCUAACUUGUCCCCUUGCAGGUUAUUGAGUUUGAGCUUCCAUAUAUUUGGUCCAAACCUACUUUUCCCUUGCAUCCGACCCUAUUGCUCUUCGGUCAUCCUUGAACCGUAUCAUGCGCUCGGAGUGAGAGCCUAA